AUGAAGUCAACGUGGCGUCGGUGGGAUCGAAGCCAAUGGAAUAUUACCCACAAAUUAUUUGAACAAGCCAAUGUGUAUCAUGUUGAUCUUGAUAGAGAGGUCCCUGUUCACGCCAAGGACGACAAAGUGCCGUAUGUAUCCGACUUAUCCAUGCAUCUAUGGAUUAUUCUCCAUGCCGGUAUCCCACUUCUACUGCACCAACUUUAUAUACACGUUUGUGGCCAAAAUUUUGGUCAAAUUGUCGCUUUCAUCUUCUAUUAUUACGCGUCGAGAAUCUUCACAACCCGUGAGUUACGAAAUCUUCGCGAACUUGGACACCAGUACGGAUUCCUAGACGGCGAUAAACAUGAACGAGAUGGUGUGCCAGAUGCAGGCGUUUCGAAGGCCCUUACUUCCGUGAUGUUAGCCGGGUUGGUGCGUCCGAUGAUGACAGUUUACCUCACAUAUUCUACAAGUCAUGCACCUAUGGAUUUGAAUUGGCGGUGGCUUCCGUUGGAAGCUGGCUUAUAUGGAAUCAUACUCGACUUUUGGUUCUACUGGUACCAUAGAAUCAUGCAUGAUCACGACUCGUUUUGGAAGUAUCACCGCACCCAUCAUUUGACAAAGCACCCGAACCCGCUGCUUACAAUUUAUGCGGAUUCUGAGCAAGAGUUCUUCGAUAUUGCGGGAAUUCCACUGAUGACAUUCUAUACAAUGAAGUUUAUGGGCUUUCCUAUGGGCUUCUAUGAGUGGCAUAUUUGCCAACUUUAUGUUGUGUUUGCAGAACUGGCAGGGCAUAGCGGUCUUCGCUUGCACGCUUCGCCUCCUAAUAGCCUGACCUGGCUGAUGAGGCUCUUCAAUGCCGAACUUUUCAUCGAAGAUCAUGACCUUCAUCAUCGUAAAGGAUGGCGGAAGAGUCAUAAUUAUGGAAAGCAAACACGCGUAUGGGACCGCAUCUUCGGUACAUGUAGUGACCGGAUUGAGAGCGUGGACAAUAAUAUCGAUUAUGAUAAUUCCCUUUGGAUGUCACCUUUCUAG